AUGGUUUUUUAUUCCAAAAAUGUUACCGGAUUACAAAUCACGGAUUUAACAGUUCCAAGAUCCGUAAGAAAUGGUAGCAAUUACGUAAUAUUAGAUUGUCAAUAUGCUUUGCUUCCAGACGAUUUAAAUCCAAAUAGUGGACUCGUUGUUAAAUGGUUUUACAACAAUAGUCCUUCUCCAGUGUAUCAAUGGAUUCCUGGGAAAAAACCACAAGAUUUAGGUUUACUAAGAGGUAGAUUAGAUUUAGAUUAUCGCGUAUCCGAUCAUAAUUCAUCAAUGCAUCGCGCGCUUUUCAUUAAAAAUCCAACGACGGAAUUAUCAGGAGAUUAUAAAUGUAUGGUAUCGACAUUUUUAAGAGAAGAUUUUAUGACGAAAAGAAUGGUCGUUUUCGCUCCUGGAAAAGAAAUGAUUUUGUUACAAAAAAAACCGGAUUUGGAAAGGGUUAACAUAACUUGCAUAGCACAAGGAAUAUAUCCGGAGCCACACAUGGCUUUAUAUAAAGACCUGGAGCGUAAAACAAAAUUAAUUAUUAAUAAUACGAUAGUUGAAAAAUAUUAUAAAAAUGGAGCGUACAACAUAACAGCUUCCGCUUUAAUUGAAGAUGAAAAUUUAAUAACACCCGUCAUAUUCGAGUGUGAACUUUUUAUACCAGAUGCUAAAUAUCAUGCGAAAAAAAGCAGCGUCUUUUAUCCAGGUUAA